CUAUUGCAUUUUGUUUUGUCGCUUCAAACGAUGUUUGUUAGAUUUCGUAGAGUUAAUUUUACAGCUGAUAUUGUUUUGAUUAUAAGAGCCUUAAUUGAGUUUUAUUUAACUGAAAGCAUAAUUUUUCUAUAUAUCUCAUAAGUGUUAAUAUAGUCAAUCGCAACAGUGUGGACGGCCCUGGCAUUCCUUAACCUCGCGAUUCCAACCUUUGCCCCAUAUAGAUCUUGCGGCGAGAAUCCCUGGAAAGACCGUCUUUAUUCAAGAAGCAUGGCUGGGAACAAUAACGAUGGUGUGGAUGGUGCUACCAUUCUUGUUCGAGCUUUAAAACAACAGGGUGUGGAGUACAUGUUUGGCAUAGUUGGUGUGCCAGUCAUAGAAGUGGGUAUGGCAGCCCAAGCCGAAGGGAUCAAGUUCAUAGCGAUGAGAAAUGAACAAGCAGCAUCCUACGCUGCAUCUGCUAUUGGUUACUUGACUCGGAAGCCAGCCGUGUGCCUCGUAGUGUCGGGCCCAGGUUUGGUUCAUGCUCUCGCUGGGAUGUCCAAUGCAAUGGAAAAUUGCUGGCCAUUGAUCGUUGUUGGAGGAUCUUGUGACCAGGAUCAGGAAGCUAUGGGUGGAUUUCAGGAGUACUCCCAGGUUGAAGCUGCAAGACAGUACAGCAAAUUCUCUGCCCGGCCCAGCAGCAUUGACAAGAUACCUUACUUUAUAGAGAAGGCUUACCGAACCAGCACCUAUGGCAGACCAGGACCAUGCUACAUUGAUAUGUCAGGAGACAUGAUUAUGGGCAAAGUGCAGGAAGAAAAAGUCAGAUAUUUGCCCCCAUGUCCUCCUCCACCCGCAGUGUUUGCUGACCCUGACAAAAUCAAGGAUGCAAUUGAUCUGAUAACAUAUGCUGAGAAACCACUUGUGAUUGUUGGCAAAGGAGCUGCCUACGCCCAAGCAGAAGAUGAGAUCUACAGCCUUGUGGUUGACACUAAGCUACCAUUUCUCCCAACCCCCAUGGGCAAAGGUGUCCUGCCAGACACACAUGAACUCUGUGUCUCAGCUGCCAGAUCUAGAGCCCUCCAGGAGGCAGAUCUGAUCAUUCUCCUUGGUGCCCGACUCAAUUGGAUGCUGCACUUUGGGGCUCCGCCAAGGUUUAAUCCAAAAGUCAAGAUCAUACAGGUUGACAUUUCUCUGGAGGAAAUGGGGAAUAAUGUUAUGCCAGCCAUUGCUCUUCCUGGAGAUAUCACCUCUGUUGUGAAGCAGUUGAACGAAGAACUUCACAGAAGGCCAGGACAGUUCAAAUUCAAUCAGAAAGCACCUUGGUGGAACACUUUGAAAGGGAAAAUUGAAGCAAACCAGAAAAAUGUUCAGGCCAUGAGUCAAGAUGUUACAGUUCCUAUGAACUACUAUGCUGCAUAUUCAGAGGUUCAGAGUGCUAUUCCUCAAAACAGCCUGAUUGUCAAUGAAGGAUCCAACACAAUGGACAUUGGCAGGACUAUGUUGCCCAACCUCCUCCCGCGACACAGACUAGAUGCAGGCACAUUUGGUACAAUGGGUGUUGGUCUGGGGUUUGCCCUGGCAGCCGCCAUCUGGUGCCGAGACUACCAGCCGAACAAGCGGGUCGUCUGUGUGGAGGGUGACAGUGCCUUUGGCUUCUCUGGCAUGGAGAUUGAAACUAUGGCCAGGUACAGACUUCCUGUGAUAAUUGUCAUCUUCAACAAUAAUGGGAUCACAUUUGGUCUCAAGGAUGAAAUGUGGGAGAAUGCAGAGCAGAGUGGUGAUCUCUUGCUGACGGUGCCGCCGACUGCCCUUCAACCCAAUACCCGCUAUGAAAAACUUAUUGAAGCCUUUGGGGGCAAAGGUUACUUUGCCAGGACGAAGAGUGAGUUGAAGAAAAGUAUGGAGGCCGCAGUACGUGAUACAAAAAAUGCCUCCAUCAUCAACGUCAUGAUUGACCCAAUGUCACAACGUAAAACCCAGGAAUUCUUCUGGCUGACUAAAUCAAAUUUGUAACUGAAAGCCAAGUGGUCACCUGAUGCUGACAAUGUGGAAAAAUUUUGCAAGCUCAACCUGAUCAGAACAGAAGAUUACGGAAACUGAUUUUCUCUCAAUCUGGAACUCAGGAAAUUUGAUGUGUUACCUUUUUUAACAUGUCGGGAAGACACCAUUAUAAUUUCCAGAAUAUAUUCAAGGAUGCAAAAACUGAAUUCAAACUUGACUUUUCUUAGCUCAGAAUUGAACAUUGAAUGUUGGUACAGGAUCAUUUAUUUGUGGAAAAGGUCUGAUAGUGAACUAGAAAACUAAAUCUUCCACAGCAUCCCACAAAACACACUUGAAGCUUCUAGACCAUUGGAUAGGGGCUGUAGUUCAGGCGAUGAACCGUUGGAAGUUGGAGUUGGGUGAAAGUAGGAAUCAAAAUAUCUUUCUUCUUCCAAGUCUACUUAAAGUGAUACACAGAUCUAUUAGUUCUAGUUGUGGGAUCAGUAACGCUAAAUCUAUUAGUUGCAAGCAUAACAAUACACAAGGUGAGAACAAGAGUGUAUUAAACAAAGCAUACUUUUAUGUCAACAUAAAUAUAGCCUCGCUCUGUCUGGCCUUAAGUGUAAACAAAUUGACUGGAGGAAAUAGCCACAAACAACAAAAUAAUUUGAAGAUUAGCUAAAGGAGAGUUUAAAAUGCGCUUUUGUAAAUUAUCCUUGACAAAUGACCUGUUUCAACUUUUAUCUUAACAUACCAUGUUUUCUUUAUUGAGUAAAAGUAUACAUUGCCAUAUGUGAUAUUAUGUACAAAUAAGUGCAAAUUUUUCUUAAAUAUGUUUUAUUUUCAUGAUGUGCUGACUUUAUUGUCGUCAUUUGACAUUUCCAGAGACUAAACCAGAGACAUGAUUUAGUAGCAUUAUCAACAGUAUCAGUUAUGAGAGAAAUAGAUGGAUCUGUAGCAGUAUAUUACAUGCAUAUGUUAUUCCAUGUAAGAUGUUACGUGAAACAGUUUUCAUACACGACUCUUCUUUCUUAUUACUGUGGUGGGUUUCAUAUUGCUCAGUGAGGUCAUUGUCUCAUUAUGUAAAUGAGUUUUGACCUUUUUUUUACAGUAGUAUAAUCAGAUCUGCAGGAAAUAAUAUGAGGUGAUUGCAGAAUGUCAUGAAGCCUUCAGAAAACAAAAUUAUUUUUGAAUCAGCUAGCUUCUUAAAUUGCAGUUCCACUUUUUGAUUUUGGAGUGAAAUUACUAUGGUCGUGCAGUGAAUAUAAAAUUUACUCUUCAGUUUCACUGUCACUGAAUUUUUUGUGACUGAGUAUAUUUUAAUAGAUUUCAUGGGAAAAGGAGAGAUCAAGGGAGAUAUAUAUAGACCUCAGGUUUGUCAAGAGAUUGUUCUCACAAACAAAUUGAAUUGGGUCGAGUCAAAGCAGUGCAGGGUUUUGUUUUCCUAAACCAAGGGUACUAAAUGUAUUAGUGUUAUGUUUUUCCCAUGUUCUUAAUGUAAAACGAUUUUUGAAGACAGUUUUGUUCCCUUUUCCAUUUCCAGUCUGUAAAGCUUGUGGAAUAACUGUGUCGCCAGCCAUUAAGGUAGCAUACUAAGUCACUGAAUUGUUUGGGUUUUUUCCACUCAAAACUACUAUAACUGUUAUUUUAUAUUUUAUGCCAAUUUGCAAUUAUAUUUUACUGUUUUUACCUACAUGUAUAAAUGUUCGAAUAUGCAUAAUGAAAAUGCAUGUACAUUUCAUUCUGAUUAAGCAGAUUUUUUAAAAAUCAUGAUUUUGGUCAUGUCAGAUUAAUAAAAUGACAAAGGUGGAGAAA